UAGGCCGCCCGUCCUUGUCCGGCUGGACUGCAACCUGCGGCCCAUAGAGGAUAAGACGCUAGCAAACAAGGCCGGCGUCGAGCAUCAGCAUAUCCCCACCAGUAGCCACCGCGGAGCAGCCCACCCACCACCACACAACAGCCAGCCGCUGCCGCUGCCGCCCUCGGUGCCCCCGGCGGCCAUGGCGAUGGAGUCCCUGGGCGUGCUGCUGCUGCACCCCAUGAACGCCUACCUGGAGCAGGAGCUCGACCGCCGCUUCCGCCUCUUCCGCUUCUGGGACUCCCCUCCCGACGGCCGCGCCGAGUUCCUCCGCGCCAACGCCUCCGCCAUCCGCGCCGUCGUCGGCAACGCCAGCUACAACGCCGACGCCGCGCUCAUCGACGCGCUGCCGUCGCUCGAGAUCGUCGCCUCCUUCUCCGUGGGGAUCGACCGCGUCGACCUCCCCAAGUGCCGCGAGCGCGGGAUCCGCGUCACCAACACCCCCGACGUCCUCACCGACGACGUCGCCGACCUCGCCGUCGGCCUCGCCAUCGCCGCGCUGAGGAAGAUCCCGCAGGCCGACCGCUACGUGCGCGCCGGCCUGUGGAAGGCCAAGGGGGACUACACACUCACCACGCGGUUCAGUGGCAAGAGAGUGGGCAUCAUCGGGCUGGGCAGGAUAGGGCUUGCCAUUGCCACCCGAGUGGAGGCCUUUGAUUGCCCAGUCAACUACUACCAGAGAACAAAGAAAGACUACCCCAGCUACACCUAUUACCCGAGCGUGGUCGAACUGGCGGCAAACAGCGACAUCCUUGUGGUGGCCUGCCCGCUGAACGAGCAGACCCGGCACAUCGUCAACCGUGAGGUGAUUGAGGCGCUGGGGCCCAAGGGCCUGCUCAUCAACAUUGGGCGCGGCCCUCACGUUGACGAGCCCGAGCUGGUCUCGGCGCUCGUCGAGGGGCGCCUCGGCGGGGCGGGCCUCGACGUGUUCGAGGACGAGCCCAACGUGCCCGAGGCGCUGUUCACGCUCGACAACGUCGUGCUGGUGCCCCACGUGGGGAGCGGGACGCACGAGACGCGCCAGGCCAUGGCGGACCUGGUCCUGGGCAACCUGGAGGCGCAUGUUCUGAAGAAGCCGCUGCUGACUCCGGUUGUCUGAUGAUGAUCAGGAUAUGAAGAAGUGAAGCACGACAAGAUGUUUUCUGUUUGGGGAUCAUAUUGAAAUCUGUUGUUUUCGAUCGGUGAACAUUCGACGAGAAAGAAAGGUCAAUAAGUUUGAUUUCUUAC